CCCUGCCCCGUCCCUUACUGCUCCCACAGCUCUUGCGGCCCAGCCCUCGCCCCGCCCGCUGCUCUCCUGGCUCCAGCGCCAGCGGCGUGACUGCUCCCCGAGGCAGAGCCACGGGCCCCCGUCCGCAGGCCCCGCUGCACCAUGGCGGCGCCCGGGCGAACGCCGAGCGUGCACACGGCCGCCUCGCACUCCGCCGUGCGUACCCCGGCUCAGCGGUCCAGACGGAUCCCCGCCGUCGCUGCGCUUUGCGCCGGGCUGGCGGCCGCGGCCGCGGUUGCCCGCGAGGCAUUUGCGGGCGCCGCCCUGAGGGCGGCCACGGGGUCGCCCGUGCCUGCGCGGCGGACGGCGCUGAAGGCGGAGGCCUUCGACCCUUUCGGCAUCAAGGAGGCCUUCAAGGGCGCCAUGGGAGGCGUCCUGGACGGCAGUGGAACAGACGAGCCUCCGAGCAGACUGGAAGAGGAGAUGAUGCUGGAGAUCUUCGAGAAGUACGACGAGGAUCGCGACGGCAUCCUCAAACUAGACGAGUUCAAUGCUCUGCAGCGAGCCACCGAGGGCGAGGAUGCCGUGUACAACCAGGACCAGCUCACGGACUUGCUGCGAUCAGUGAAUUCUGGCAUCAAGGAGCCGGAAAAGGGCAUGCCGUUCGUGGACUACAGAAGGCUCUACGCGGAGAGCCGCUUGAAGAAGGCGUACGGCACAGACGUCACGAGAGACCACGUGAAGGUCUUCGGUGUCGCUGGUGGUCAAGCUGCCGACCGAGCGCAGGCGGCUCUGAAGAAGGAGGCGGAGGAGGCCGCAAAGGCGGGCCCAGCCGUGGGCUCCGCCGUAGUCAUCCAGGGCCUCUCCGGCGCGAAGGAGCUGAACGGCCAGACGGCCCACGUGGUGGCGCCGACCGAGGCCGAAGCAGACAUGGUUGCCGAGGGCCGUCUCAUCCUCGAGCUCGCGGACGGCGAGCGGGUGGCGCUGAAGCCCACUAACGUCAAGGUGGCCGAGACCAAGUCCAUCGACUGAGCCGGGCGGCUCGCGCGUUUCCUCGUUUAACGGUCGCUCGAUUCCGAAUCGACCAGUUGGUCGUCGGAUGCUUUGCGUUUUUUUUUAUGACCAGGCUACGCCUUGCAUACCGGCCUCUGCCGCAGCCAGUGCGCUCGUCGUGCAAGGCGGCCACGCGAGGCCCCGACGGCAUGUGAUCGGGUGCGCGACGACUGCAUCGUCUCCCCCCUCCCGUUCUGGUCGCGCUG